AUGGGCUGCUGUUGUUAAAAGUAAAAGAAAAAUUCAUAUUGGACAAAUAAAGAAUGUAAUCUUUUGAUAAAUUUACUUUAUGAUAAAACAUGGAGAAAAAGGGAUGUAUAAGAAUAGUAUAAAUAAUUUGUUAGAGAAGUUCAAGAUAAAUAAUAAUUAAAAAGAAAUUAUAAUUUAUCUUUUUAAAACUCAGCUGAUCUUUCAAAAAUAUGCAAUAGUUUUAGAGAAGUAAGAGGAGAUGGUAAUUGUUUUUAUACUGCUUUUGGAUUUUAAUAUCUGCAUUUACUUUUAAUGACAUAUAAUGACAAUUAAUUUAAAGAUUUUCUGUUGAAAUAUGAUCGAAUUAAUAUGAAAAUAUUUUCAAACGAUUUUAAUAUAGAAGAUGAAAAUAUUUAGAGUAAUUUACGCUAAGAAUUUUUCAUAAGAUUAUAAAAGUUGAGAGAUAUCAAAGAUAAGUAAACAAGAGAAUAAGAAUUUAUCAAAUAGUUCUAAAAUUAUGAAAAUUAAGAGGAUAUGGAUUGUUGUUUAUAUGGAUUAUCCACAAUAUUUUUUAGGAAUCUAGCUAAUUAAUCUAUUGAUGAUAAUAAUUUGGCAGAGUUAAUUCUUGAUAGAGAGAAUUUGUUAAUUUGGGAAACUGAGUGUAAUAAUAAUGAAGUAGUAAUAUCUGCCCUUGCGAAGACUUUAAAAAUGUAUAUAUAUAUUUUCAUAUAAUUUAAGAAAAAUAUAAUUAGUAUUUUUUUAGAAUAAUGGAUAUGAAUUGAAAGUGUAUGAGGAGGAAUAAAAAGACUCAUUGAUAUUGUUGAUUAAACCAGGUCAUUACAAUAUUGGAUUAAAUUUAUAAUAAAAUUGA